CAGGAGAUUGCUAGUUUAGGCACGGUAUAAUCUCUCUCGCCGUACGGAUGUGUAUAUAGAGCGCUAAGCUUCUUCAUCCUCACACCACGCCACACCACAAUUAAUCUCUCCUCCUACGCACCGUGCAAACCAACCAACACACGACGAGCAGCAAGAAUGGUAGUAGAUAAGUGCACGGUGGCGCUCUUGGUGGCCGUCGCCCUCGUGGCGGGGCCAGCCGUCUCGUACGCCGCCGAAGCCGGCUAUGCCCCGGCGGGGGCACAACCCAAGGCCACGACCACGACCACGACCACGACCGAGGAGCAGGAGCUAAUUGACAAGGCCAACAACGCCUUCAAGGCGGCCGUGGCCGCCGCAGCCCCUGUCCCUCCAGCGGACAAGUACAAGACUUUCCAGACCACCUUCACGCACACCUUUGGCAUCUUGAAUCCCAACGGGUUCACCGACCCGUCCGGCUCCAACGCCACUUUCCGCAUGAGGAUCUACUACGCUAAGAUGUUUGCCUACGAGUACAACAUCACCAAGGACGCUACCCCAGAGGCCAAGUACGACUCCUUCGUGGCCGUCUUCAGUGAGUCGCUCCGCAUCAUCAUCGGCAUCCUCGAGGUCCAUGCCGUCAAACCCCCCGUCGAGGAAGUCAAGGGGCCGAUACCUGCCGGCGAGCUGAAGGCCAUCGACCAGAUCGCCGCCGCCUUCAGGACUGCAGCCACCGCCGCGGACGCUGUCCCGAAAAAGGACAAGUCCACCAUCUUCGACUCAGCCUUCAGCAAGGCCAUCAAGGACACCAUGGACGGUGCAUACCAGGGCUACAAGUUUGUCCCCGCCCUCGAGUCCGGCGUCAAGGAGGCCUACUCCCUUUUACUUCCCCAAAGGCCCCAGAACAAGCUCAUGGUCUUUGAGGCCGUCCUGAGAGAAACCAUCCUCGCCAUGGCUGCUGGCGCCACCGCCCCCGCCACUCCCGCCACCGACGCAGCAGCAACCGCCACUCCCACUCCGACUCCCGCCACCGCUGCCGGUGGCAACAAAGUCUGACCUCACCGUUGCCUGCUACUGCACGUAUGGCGGCCAGCGAUUUUGAUCGACAAUCAAAAUCAAUCUUUGAUAUCAUGUACUCACUCCGUUCCUAAAUAUAAGACCUUUUAAAGAUUGUACUAUUAACUACA